AUGUUGAAUGUUAUGUGAUUUUCUAAUUGCACGAGCCGCUGGUUUUGUAAUUUCGUUGAAUUUGGAAAAGAGUUAUUAAUUUUUAGCUGUUAAAAGUAGUGCACUAAGCUAAACCAUGUUUCGCAAAAGUAUUCAACCGAUCAUUGCAUUUACCAAAGCGUUUCCCACCGGCAGCACUACUACGUACCGAAAUCUGUACGCCCCUGCUGCCCUCGGGAUCGAUGGUUAUGCGGCGUACCGCGACAAAACCCGCACACAGCAUCUGCACAACGUGGAUAAUUUCAAGCGCAAGAUGCGUGAAUUCGUGUCCGGCUCGGCCACGAACAUGAUCUUCACGGAGGAUCUGAAGAACAUCAUCCAUCUGAUCGACAACAACCCAGAGGACAAGCAGCUGCUGAAGGACACGGUCGAGCGGUACAACCAGCAGGGCAAGGAGCUCCGUUUCGGUAACUACGUGUUCGGUCCGGUCAUCAUGCGUGCCUGCUAUCAUCUGCAGGAUGCCGAUUUGGCACUGGACCUGUUCAAGGGCGCCGGUACGGAUGGGUUUUUCGAUCAGCUUUCCAGCUAUCAGAUCCUAGCAGAUCUGCUGUAUGAGAAUGGACGCUAUCAAAAAGUGCGUGAGCUGUACGAUUCGAUCAAAAGCCGCCAGAUACAGGGUGGUCGCUUUCCGAAGCACUGCAUUACACUGACGUUGGCCGCUUGCUACAAAGAAAACACACCCGCCGCGUACCAGUACGCGAUGGAUCUGUGGAAGGAGCUGAACUCGGUUGGUCACGUCCCGAUGCGAAAGGCAACGUCGUUCGCAGCGGCGUUGGCGUUGAACAACGGCAAACCGGAGAUUGCGAUGGAAAUCUUGAGCACGGCAAACAAGGGCAACUACGUAACGAUUCGGCAGCUGAAAACGUUGGCGCUGUGCUCGCUCAAUCGCCUAGACGAUGUGGUGCCCAUCUUCCGUACCGUGCUGGAGGUGAAGGGGCCUUUCGAAAAACAGCAAACUUUCUGUCGAGAGGUGAUCGAGCGAGUGCAGGAAGCUGUGAAAAAGGCCAAGGAAACGAAUGCUUCCGCGAUGGUGAUGGAUUUGGAACGGAUGAUCGAUUAUCUACAAACGAACGGGCAGGUUGUGGACCAAACGAUGGACAGCAUUCUUUGCUCCGUUAUCGAAUCGACCGCCCAGCGAAAGGACUUCAAUACUAAUCUGGCCGAAAGCUACAACACGCGUGGUGGGCGGCAACAGCAGCGACCGUUUCGACCGGCAAAAAAAUUCGAUCAACGUAGGCCGGGAUUAUCCGACAUGAACUAAAGGUCGAAAGUCGGAAGUGCGAAAUAAACCUCGUAGGAUACAGUG